CAGCUUGUUUUGAAGAGGGCAGCGUCGUAGACUGGCCGUCGAGGGCUUCACAGAGGGCAUCGCCGCGGACGGGAGUGACUGCAAGUGACCUAUUCAGUGUGGAUCCGCCCCUAGUUAGACCAGAAAUUACAUGGAGCCACAACCGCCGCCGCCUAGCGAACGGUCGUCACCGCCGCAGCAGCCAGCACCUGCAUCACUAUCAUCCACUCCGCUUCCAGCAGCAGCAGCAUCAUCAUCUCCGGCGAAUUUUACCCUAAACCCCUCCACUUCUACUUCCGUGACCCCAACCAUACAAAUCACCCAACCAAGACCAGCUUUAGAGCCGCCGUCCUCCUUCCAUAGUAACCGUCAACAGCCGUCGUCUUUCCCGCAGCACAUGGUUCCCCAUUCUUCUUCUCCGUUGCCUUCCAGGGAUGGACUGGUAAUUGGGGUUCCUGCCCCGCAGCCUGGCCCUUCUCCGCCGCUCUCCUCCUUUUCAUCAUUGUCUCCGCCUUCUUUCGGGCAACAAUUCGGGGUUUUGGGUCGUGGAGUGCCAAAUUCUCUUCCUACUUCGAGCUCAGCCCAGGGGAGACAACCUGUACAAGGGAUGCCAGGGAUGGGAAUUACUGGGUCUCUUGGUUCGAGUAUGCAAAUGCGACCAGCUGGGGUUCCUACGCAGCCGGUGAGAUCUAUUACAGCAUCACUCAGACAGAAUAACCAGUCUCCUUCUCAAAAUUUCCAAGGACAUGGCAUGUUGAGAUCUCCAAACACCCCUAGUACACCGCAAAGUCCACAGUCACAGAAUCAAGCAUGGUUAUCUUCUGGGGCACAAGGCAAACCACCUUUGCCUCAUCCUUCCCCGAGGCCUCAACUGAGCACACAGUCUUUACAGCAACGAUCUCAAGUUCGUCCACAGCAGCACCAUUCUGUCUCUACCAGUCAGUCACAAGAGAAUGUGGGGCAGCUAGGUCAAUCUCCAAGGAUUCAACAACCCAUUUCCAAUGCACAACCAAAUAUAAGGAGUCAAAGAUUUGGAGUUCAAAGACCUUCAUCACAAUCAAUGCUGCAUUCUGCUGCUGCUGCUCAAUCUGGACCUCUCAAUAAGACUGCUGCAGAGACUGAGGAACCUUGUAAUAGGAUUCUGAGUAAGAGAAGCAUUCAAGAGCUCAUGACCCAGAUUGAUCCAUCCCAAAAGUUGGAUCCUGAGGUUGAAGACAUCUUUGUGGAUAUUGCAGAAGAAUUCGUAGAAUCUCUUACAACCUUUGGUUGCUUGUUGGCAAAACACCGCAAGUCCUCUACAUUGGAAGCAAAGGACAUCCUUCUACAUGCUGAAAGGAACUGGAACAUUACUCUUCCUGGAUUUACUGGGGAUGAGAUUAGGACAUACAAAAAACCUCUCACAACUGACAUUCAUAGAGAACGGCUGGCUGCAAUAAAGAGAUCUGCUACAAAGACAACCAAUCCAAAGAGCUCAUCUGGACAAAGUGGAAAUUCAAAGACUCAAUUUGCAAAAGGUCCUAGCAAUAUUUUGACUUCCCCCAAUGCAAAGACCUGAAACUGUGUGAAGAACUGCUCUCUGAUUAGGGAGGGACUGGCUGUGCACCAUCUUAGUUUAUGCACACGAGGUUUGAUCUUUCUCAUGGAGCAUAUACUUUUGCCUGUCAUGCAUCUAGUAUCAUUUGCAUCCUUCUUUCAUUUUUAAAUCAUGAAAUUGCAUAACAGUCCUUUCGCUCGUGAAAUCGAAAUAUUUGGAAUGAGAAUUAUGUUUUUUGUCAUCAAACAAUGCAUCUAUUAAAAAUUUUUUGUGACAAAAUGCAUUUCUCCACCACAUCAAAUGCAGUUUGAUGCCAAAGGUUGCUUCUGCUGUAGCGAUUAUGCUUGAACUCGAACUGCAUUUUACGUCAUCCGUACCAUGUUACUAAUAGGAAAACCAGGCGAAGACGUUGAUAAUCCAUACAGUAGAUGGGCCAAUGAGAUUCGUAUAUGCAAAAUGCAUAAAUGUAAAUCUAAGCAAUCAAAAGACUGCCCUUUCUAUGCCACGCCGUCAUUCUUAGCAAUGGCGAGUGGCGACAAUGCAAGUUUUUUUGCUUCGAGGAUUAGAGGCAGGGAUGGAUGACAGUUAAUGGUGUGGAAGAUUUCAUUUAUUUAUGUAAAGAAGCAUGCUAAGAUUUCUAAAUCUACAACAUUGUUGAUUGGCUAGAUUUAAGGGAUUG